CUGGGGGGCUCAGCAGGGCCGGCCCUGGGACAUCCGAGCUCCCUCCCGGAGGAUAAAGAGCGAACGGGGCUUUUGGCGCCAAACGCGCGGUCCCGCCCUGCGCGCGUGGAGGGGGGGCAGGGCCGUCGCUCCCGCCUUUCUCCCCCUGUUUCCUAGCUCUCCUUCCUGAGUGUGUCAGGGUUUUUACCGGGUUUUUUUUAUUGCCUUUUGGGGGGGUUAAUAAUAUCCAGCCGCUUCAAAGCGAGGCAGUGACAGUCAUCUGUCUGCGAGCAGAGGGUGGAUGCGGAGGCCGGGGCGGCCGCGGGGGCCGGCGGGCGGGCGCGGAAAGUGCCACAGACACCAUCAGCUGCCUUUUUUUUUUCUCUCCCCUUCCCCCCGCCACUCCUCCCCCUCACACACCCACCACCAUCACCAAGGAGUUUCAGGUCUUGGGAGAACCUCUUUUCUUCUUCCCCUUGGUGGAAAUACCCGUAAAACCUGUCUUUGAAACCAUUGCCCGACCCAGGGAUCAGCAAAAAGAGACCCGUAAUGCCAGGAAUGGUCAGUAAAAACCCAGAUCUCGAGUUCGACUCUUUGCAGCCCUGUUUCUAUCCAGACGAAGAUGAUUUUUAUUUGUGCGGGCCGGACUCCGCUCCCCCCGGCGAGGACAUCUGGAAAAAGUUUGAGCUACUGCCCACCCCUCCCCUGUCUCCCAGCCGGGCCGGGCUCCAGGAGCACCCUCCGGGGUGGGGCCCGGUGGCGUGGGGAGGGGCGGCCCUGGGGGGCUGCCGCCCCACCGAUCCCCUGGACUGGGCGUCCGAGCUACUCCUGCUGCCCCCCGAGGCCGACCUGUGGGGCGGCGCGGACGGAGGGGACUUCUUCGAGACGGGGCCCGGCAUGACCAACAAUCUCAACUCCAUCAUCAUCCAGGACUGCAUGUGGAGCGGCUUCUCCGCCCGCGAGAAGCUGGAGCGGGCGGUCAGCGAGAAGCUGCAGAGCAAGGCGCCCGCCGCCGCCGCCCCACCGCCACCCCCGGGGCCCGCGGGCGGCCCCGCCGCCGGGAGCGGCCGCGCGGAGCUGGGCGGCGCCGUGCCCGAGUGCGUAGACCCGGCCGUGGUGUUCCCCUUCCCCGUCAACAAGCGGGAGGCGCCGGCGGCGGCCCCGGCGGGCGGUGGGGCUCCGCGGGGCGGCCGUUCGCCGCGCCCCGCCGGGGACAGCCGGGCCAGCAGCAGCAGCUCCGGGGACGACACGCUCAGCGACUCGGAAGAUGAUGAAGAUGAGGAGGAAGAGGAUGAAGAAGAAGAAAUAGAUGUUGUUACAGUGGAGAAAAGACGCUCCUCCACCAACAAGGCUGUUACCACCCUUACUAUUACAGUGCGUACUAAAAAUACCACUUUUCCAUCAGUCACGACACAGCAGAAUGGACUGAUUUUAAAGCGUUGUGCACCAAUUCACCAGCAGCAUAAUUAUGCCGCUCCUUCUCCAUACAUGGAGCCUGAAGAAGCUCCACCGCAGAAAAAGUUAAAAACCGAGGUGCCCCGUCCAGUGAAACCCAUGAUCCAACCAAAGCCUAAGAGUUCAAGUCCUCGAAAUUCUGAUUCAGAGGAUAGUGAACGUCGACGCAACCAUAACAUCCUGGAGCGUCAACGACGUAAUGAUCUACGGUCAAGUUUCCUCACACUAAGGGACCAUAUUCCAGAACUGGUUAAAAAUGAGAAAGCUGUGAAAGUUGUGAUCUUGAAAAAAGCCACUGAAUAUGUUCAUUCUCUUCAGGAAGAGGAGCAAAAAUUAUUGCUAGAAAAGGAAAAAUUGCAAGCCAGACAACAACAAUUGCUAAAGAAAAUAGAAUACAAGAGGACUUGCUAAACUUUUUUUUGUUUUGGUUCUUUCUUUUUUUUUUUUGGCUGACCAGGACAGUCAUUGCCACUUUGCACAUUUUUGAUUCUUUUUAAAAAAUUGUGUUUUUUGACGUUAAGAAUGUUGGUUUUAAUUUCAAUCCAGUCCCUGAAGUAAUCGACAAACUAUAUUAUCCGGGUACGGAGCAAAUGGAUGUUCUUGCAAGGAGUUUAUUGCAAGACUACCAAACAACAAAGAACUGCCUUUGUUUUUCUUCUUAAGAACUGUAGAUGGUGGGGAUUUUUUUUUUUUAAUUGUUGUGAGCAUUUGGAGCUGCUGAUGACAUCUAGUUGAGUUUUAAAAUGUUCAUUUCUAAGUUUUAUGGUGCUUAUGUUCUAACAGAUGUUACUUUAGGGGUUGGCAUUUUGUACCCCUGUGGGAAUUUCUGUAAAUACCAUCUACACACUUGCCUUUUGUACAUGUCUUGGGUUAUGAGAGGUGGCUUUUGCUGCCAGUAUUAGACUGGAAGUUCAUACCUAAGUACUGUAAUACCUCAAUGUUUGAGGAGCAUGUUUUUGUAUACAAAUAUAUUGUUAAUCUCUGUUAUGUACUGUACUAAUUCUUACAUUGCCUGUAUACUUUAGUAUGAUGCUGAUACAUAACUAAAUUUGAUACUUAUAUUUUCGUAUGAAAAUGAGUUGUGAAAGUUUUGAGUAGAUAUUACUUUAUCACUUUUUUGAACUAAGAAACUUUUGUAAAGAAAUUUACUAUAUAUGCCUUUUCCUAGCCUGUUUCUUCCAGUUAAUGUAUUUGUUAAUGUUUGGUGCAUAGAACUGGGUAACUGCAAAGUUCUGUGUUUGAUUUCUUCCAACGAUGUACAUUUAGUGCUGCGUCUUAUAGCACUUUGAAAUACCUCAUGUUUAUGAAAAUAAAUAGCAAUUACAUGA